AUUGGCUAUCCCGGUCCUUCGACUGUCUUCGUGGAACGUGGAGUCAUUUCCAAGCUUAUUUCCUUCAUUUGAGAGCGAAGCUUGAUCGGAGUUCUCUCAUCAGGUGAGUCAUAAUUAACUGGACGGAAUCUGAGAUUCCUGGUCGUUCUUUUAAGCUUUCUUAUGCGGUUCAUCCCUUUCGCUGUUACACGGAAUUGCUGGCAAUGCUACGUCUCCUUGAAGCAAUCGCCGGAUCCGUUCGGUUCUUGACACGGAAUUAUUGCAUCGUUUUAAACUAGAACGUGACUUGAUGAAUUCAGUGUCAUUUUUAUUCUGUACCUGACAUGAAAGCCCUGCCAUUUAAGCUGUGUUUGUGUUUUAUCAGACCUGAUAUUGCUAAAUCAAAGUUACUUUUUGUGCCUGCAUAAUAUACGUACACUGUGCACUUGUGUUAUUUUAGUGUACUCUUGUAAGUUUUAAAUCUUGUAUUCUUGGAAAUGAGCUAAUACAUGGAGAAAGUUUUCUUAGCAUGUACGUUCUGAUCCCUUUUCAUAUUUUCUGCCCAUUUUUUCGAUUUUUUAUAGCUAUACUGAUUAAAAUAGUUUAAUUAAUUUUUAUACUCAGUCACCCAUGCUCUGCUCAAUCGACUCAAUAUCUGCGGUCGGGUUUCAAUCAACCACAGGGCAAUUACAACAAGAAAUCAUUCCGAAUUUCACUCGAUCCUGUUUGUAAUAUUCCUUUUCUACGUUAACUUGUUGAAGGAGAAAUAUUUUCGUCAUGUUCAUUUGACCUCGUUUUGGACUUCCUGUUGAUUCAGGGUGAAAAUUCUCAUCUUUAUAAGCUUGAUAUUCUUUCAAUCAUCUGCUGGUUUACCCGAUUUUUAGACCAUAUAUAACUGAAUGUUAAGGAACAUUGGUUUAAGACUACUUUAUGAAUUUUGUAGUAACAUUCCUGUGAUAAGAUGGAUGUUAUUUUAGAGCUUCUAAGUAAAGGUGUAUUUGUUGCUAUGUGUAUAAUGUACCUCCUUGCACCUGUGUACAAAUCAUUUACCCUUUUUUCGGUUUUCUGCAAUCUAUUCUUAAAUAAAUCCACAGAUCAAGUUUAGUUAUUCCUGGAAGCUGGAGUGAUCAAUUUAUGAUGUUGCAUUGUUCCUCAUUGUUUUAAACUGACAAUGAAACAAAACAGUUUGAAAAAUUUCAGUUUUCAUCUGUGGGGUCUUUGCUAGGUAUAGGGAGUUGUAGUUUUUUUAAGUUUAUCUGCACAAGAGAAGUGUAAUUUAAAGUUAGUAGUAUUGUGUUUGCAAAAUGAGAUACUGCAAUGGUUAGUUUUAACAUUUUUCUAAUAGACUAGUUUCAGUUUGGCAUAAGACAUAACAGUGGAAUCUGGUUAAUGUGGACACCAAAUAAACAUGUUAAAGUGUCUUUAUUAUCUGUUUGUUUGUUUUCUUGAUGCCAAGGUUAAAGCAUUCGGAUUAAAAGCAACAGAAUAAUGUCUAAUGUAUUAACUGUAACUCAGCACAAACUGAAGAAACCUUCCCUUAAUCAAACAACUUUGCACUGAAUUUAAUGCUCACUCAUUUUUUCAAAGGUGUCAACAUAAUUAUUUAACAUAGGUCGAGAUUUUGCAUUUCUCACUGAUUUUCAGUUUGCAGUUAUGCACUUGAAUUUAUAUGCGCAGAUCAUGACCAUUGAUGAAACAAUGUUAACUUUGUAUGACAGCAUGUAAUUUGGGUCACCUAAAAGUUUUACUGUCCAUUGUUUGUAUUAAGGCUGUAACAAUACAUCGAACUAUCUAUUAAUCGCGAUAUUAAUACUGCAAUAGCGAUGGAUCAAUAGUAAAAAUCAGACAUCAAUAACAAUUGUGAUAGUGUAGUGAACUACCAAUAGUUUUGAUAGUUUCUCUACUUGUAACAUUUUAAAUUUCUUUGGAAAAUAAAGAUACCGUUUUUACCCAUCUUAGAUUCUCAAGGUCACAGUAACGGUAAAAAAGAAACAAAAAACAAUCUACCAUCCUACUGCACCUACAUCUACAGCUGUAGAAUGUUUUAGUGUCUUGAUUCUUGAACCGCUUUGGGUGUAAUGUUAGAGAAGGGUAAUAUAUAUAUCACUGAGCUCAUUCAAACAGAAAAGGAAAGGCUGAAAACUAUCGCAAUACUUUUGCAAUAGUACCUCCACUAUCACAAUAUUAUCACAAUGUUGGCAUGACCUAUUGCAGUACAGUUGCAAUAGUUAAAAUUAAUUUUCUGCAAUAGUCACCUGUAGUCUGUACAGUUGACUCUCGAUAACUCAAACCUUCGAGGGAAAUCGAAAAAGGUUCGAGUUAUUGGGAGCUCGAAGAAAAUAGCCGAGAGUAAGCAAAAAACAGUUUUUAGUGCACAGUGAGCAUUUUAAUCACAUUUAAUUGUAGAAAUGUUGAGUGAAAAUUGAAAGAUACUUUUAGAUUAUCAAUCGGAACGUAAAGUAACAAAACGUUGCCUAAAUAGAGCAUGAAUUUUACUUUUUGAGAAGUAAAGCUAUUUCACAUUAGAUUUGUGACAAACAAAAUCAGCCUCCACUAUCGAUCCACUAUGCCUACAAAACAUCAGUGGGAAAUUCAAUGUUUCGGAGGCAGUACACUGUUUUUCCCAACUUUUGAAGGGCUCAAAACAUGGUUCGAGUUAUCAAGGGUAAAAUUAUAUAGAAAUGAUCUGAGGGGAAACAAAAAUUACUUUGAGUAAGUGGGAGUUUCGAGUUAUCAAGGGUUCGAGUUACCGAGGGUAAAAUUACAGUAAAUGUAUGACGGAAAUCCAGGGGAAAUCGAUUUUGGUUCGAGUUAGCGCGAGGUUCGAGUUAGCGAGGGUUCGAGUUAUCGAGAGUCAACUGUAUUUAAUGUUACUCCUUUUAAGUGGGUUAAUAAGGGAAAGGAAGUAUAUGAGCUGUUCGUCGAAAUGCAGGAAAAGGUCUGUAUUGUCAGGCGGGUUUCAAUGAAAGCUGGAUUAGGCUGUUUGUUGGAGUGAGGUAACCUAUUCUAUUGAUAGGGUUCAAAAGAAUCUUUUUGUAAUUAAUUUAAUUUAGAGGGAAAAGUGGCUGACUUCUGAGCAAAGUUGCUUGUGCUUUUUGGUAGGUGUAUGUGCUUUUUGAAAACGCGAGCAGGUGUCCGAUAUAAGCAGGUGUCCAUAAAGCCGGGUCCCACUUUAAGAUGUUAGGUGUUUUUGUGUUUUGACAUUUUGAGAAGUCUCUGAAAGAUAUUGAAAACUGGCCAUCCAGAAGGCUUGUUUUCCCAUAAAAUUAUUAGAGAUUAAGUGAAUUUCCUUGUAUUUCUUCCAAAAAUGGGUGUCCUUAGGAUGACUGGAGACCCUUCUGGCAAAAACCUUCAUUACAAUUCCAUAAGGAAUUUGUAGUAUUUAAUCAGUAAUGUAUUGCUGAAGAUCAGAUAAGGUGAUUGGAUAGGAUCAACUUUUUAUGGCAGUAAUAUUAACAUAAUAUUAAUUUGGAGAAAUAACAAGAAGGCACAAGUACACUGUAGGACCAAGAAUGUAAUAAAUGAUUCAAGCGAAUAGAGAAGAUUCAGUGUAUUUAUAUACACUACGCACAAAAUAAGAAACAUGGUGGAAAGGCUAAAACUAUGCAUGUUAAUGUACACAGAAAUUUCUUGAACUCCAAAAUUGUCCAGAUAUGAAGUAUACCAUGAAUUGUUUUGAAUAAGCACGGGUAGAGCAAUGUGUCAGAUCUGGUAGGGACCCUCUGUGGACCAAUCUACAGUGUGUUUACAUUAUUAUGCUGUAUGUACUUGCAAGUGUUAUUUUGCAUGUAUUUCAGAUACAUAUAUUUGUUGUGGUUCAAUUUUAUUUUGUUUUGUUUCGAUUCAUUAACAUAUGGUACUCUGCCCAAAAAUCAUUUACAGUGUACAUGUUACAGGUCAAAUUUGAUUUCAGGUUAAGUUUGAUUUAACCUAGGUUGAUUCUCAAUUCCUUUGUCUGAUAGCCCUAAUUCAUGAAUAAUUAGGGCUUUGAAACGAAGGAAAUAGAGAAUCCACUGAGGUUAAAUAAUUGCGUUUGACGUUAGGAGAACACAGCACAAAAUCAUUUGGGAUUCCUGUGGUACUCAUUUCGUCGUACGAGUGCAUUUUCUGCGCCAUCUUGAACAAUUUAUCUUGUGGGCACAAAAAUGUUAAAUACAAUUAAUUUGACAUAUGGUCUUAGCAAUGGUUGCCUGGUGCAAUGGAUAAUGCGUUGCCCUUUCAUGUCGAAGGUCUCGGGUUUGUCUCCUGCAGGGUGAGACUUUUUUUUUUCGUAGUUGUUUUGUUUUCUUUUGUUUCUUUUUUUAAAAAACAUUUAGGAGGCAUUUUGCAGCAUCAAUUUAUUAGGAAAUAACGUCACAUUUGACAGUAAACCUAAAAAAGCUGGAAUGCACUUCCUAAUCUGAGAUUACUACUAGCUUUAAAGCACUAAAGCAUUAAAGCACUGUAGAGGUACACAUUGUCCAUACAUGUAAACAAGUGUGUUCUUUUGUAUCAGAACUCCCAAGUUAAGGCUCAAUCAUGCCAACUCCUGGGAAGUUGAGAGACCUUAUACGAACAAUAAGAGCUGCAAGGACAGCAGCUGAUGAGAGAGCAGUUAUAGCUAAAGAAUGUGCCUACAUCAGAGAUUCUUUUAGAGAAGAAGAUAAUGACUUCAGAUGCCGCAAUGUUGCCAAGUUAUUGUACAUUCAUAUGCUUGGUUAUCCUGCUCACUUUGGUCAAGUACGUACAUGUUCAAUAAUAUUUCUUGUGUAAUAAAUAAGUUAUUGUCUAGGAAGAGGUAAUGUGAAGAGGGAAAUUGUCAGUGACAUCUUUUGUUCCAAUCAUUUAUCAUACAGGCUUGCUUGUAGAAAUUGCAAGUGAAUCUGAUUAUGAUACAGCUUUCAUAAACAGUGCACUGCACAUGUAUGCUGGUAUUUAGUAAUGGGUUGUGGUCUAGGUGUGGGCAAAUAAUUUCAUGCUUCUUGAGUACAUGUAGAAGGGUUCUCAGGUCUAACCAGCGUACCUCCUUUUGGGGGUUUUGUACAUAAAGUUUUUUCACUGUGUUAACCUAGGAGGAAUACUGGUUUAAUCCAAGAGUGCAUGUUACCUAAAACACUCACACUGUAGGCAUUGUUUUGUAUCUUGUCCCACUUUUCUCUGUCACAUAAUCCAUUUUAAUCAAGACAUAAGCUAUUUACAACCCGCUGCAAGUUGACACCUCUCCAUUUACUAGAUCUGGACCUAAAAUUCAUGGUAUGACUGGUUUUUGUGACAUUGUUGAAGAAUUUUUGUGGCAAAAAAGUUAUGCCUGAAGUGAAUACAGUGCAUUAUGAAAGAAAGAAAAGGUGUUAUGAGUGAUGUUGGUUAGGAAACAAAGGAAACUGACGGUCAAACUCGGUUUAAACCAUUUAAUAUGAAUUACAUUUUGGACUACCACACAGAUACUCAGUAUUGGUGUUAGCUUUAGUAAAUCAAAUAUCUCUUAUUUUGCAGCUUGAGUGUCUAAAACUAAUUGCCUCGCCCAAGUUUACUGACAAAAGAAUAGGUUAUCUUGGAGCUAUGCUUCUCCUAGAUGAACGGCAAGAUGUUCACCUUUUGGUCACAAAUUCUCUCAAAAAGUGAGUCCAGUUGUUCAUGUUUUAGCCUGAGAAAACAGCCGCUACUGGUUUCUCCACGAGAUGAAAUCUGAGGAACGAGUGUAGAAACUCCAAGCUGAUGACAUGUCACUACCUAGAUUUUUGCUGUACAUCUGAUUUGUCAUGCCACGAAGGAAAUUUGCGUGAACCUGUCAGAAUCACUGUCCAGAUCUGGGUAGUGAGAUAUCAUCAAUGAUCAGACAUCAUUUCGCUGGGAAACCAGCAGUGGCAUGGCGAAAUUUCGGAUGGUUUCUCAGGCUAUUUAUGGUUGGUUUUAUUUGUAUUUUAAAAUACAGAGGCUUUGACUGACACUUCUCAAACUUAUUAAAUAUUCAUUAGGGCAACAGCAAAUAAAUGAGGCAUAUUUGGGUCACAAGCAUGAACCUUGAUACCCAAUGAACACUCAGAUGAAAAUCUUAUGGGUUUUGAUCUGAGAUCAAACAUGGUUUUGAUCUCAAAUCAAACACUUGCAUUUUUCAAUAAUUAAUGCAUCGUUAACAACAAUUCCAAAAAUGACCUGAAUAUUUAACAAUUGUUCCUCGAGCCCAAAUUGGCUCUGAGUCAAUAGCCUAUGAGGCCAAAGGCAGAAUGGGCUAUUGACUCAGAGACCAUGAGGGUGAGAGGAAUGAUUGUUUUAGUAAAAUCCAACUAGUUGGUCUAACGUAUCGGGAAUAAAAAAAUUGUAGCUAGUUAAAGCUAGACUUUAAUCCUUUUUUGCUGCCAAACAGCCGGCAUUUUUCGCUACUAGGGGGCUAUGACAUAUAGCCUAAUAUUAGCUCAACCAAUCUGAGUGUAGCAUUGAUAAUAGACCACUAGUUUGAUUUUACCAAUGUUUGAUAUAAUUAACCUUGAUAGUGUCGGAUCCCACAAAUUAUUCCAUAAACGGUCUUCAGUGGAUAUCUCUCCCCAGACUUCUUGGCCACCUCCAUCACAAACUUGCUAAGCUAGUAAUUCAAGGUUACUGCAUCCAUUUCUUCAAUGCUGGUAGAAAGCUGUGGGACCUUGUGUUAAUCUUCGCCUUUAAAUAGCGCUCCUGGAUCUAAAACGGGAGUAUAACCGACCAAGAAAUUUGCCAUUCAGCAAAAGUUGUUACUGCCCAUUCAUUCUUAUAUUUGGUUGAAAAGGGAAAAGCUUUUUUGUCUGUUAACUUGUGUUCUUCAUAAACCGUUUUCGGCUUCCUAAAUCUUGCCUCUCCCUUUUCACUCAUGGUCAGACACCAAGUACACCAAAACAGUUAAUCAUGCAUGUUGAAGUAAUGUUAUGUAAUAUUACGAGCUUGCAUCACUACAUAAAUUAUUGUUCUUUCAUUUGGGGAGCACAAUAACAAAAAAAUGUAUCACUGCAUAUUUUUUUAUUAUAUCGUUUGAGAAGUCAUCUCAAAAACUUGUGCGUUGGGUUUUUUCAGGGGUUUCAAACACCCGAGAAACAGAUGAAAGCAGCUGAGUGCUUUCAUCUGUUUCUCGGUGUUUGGAAUCCCUGAUGAAACCCUCACACUUGUUUCUGAUAUAUUACAUCAGCAUCUGAAAUACUCAAAACUACCCAGUUGGAACUAUGAUCCAUGGUUUUCCUGUCAGCACUAUAAUACAUGUACAUGUAUGUCGUAUUAUGAUAUUGAGGGCUGACUUGAGUAGCCAACAUGUUUGGGACGUGCAUUCUUCUAAAGCAAGCAUACAAAGAUGUAGAUAAAAGCUGUAUUGUGCUAACUGGGUUAGUACUAGGAAACGGCUAUUGUACUACCAUUACAUUAACAGUGUGUAGCCAGCUAAUAUUGAUGUUUCUCCUUUUAGUGACUUGAAUCAUUCAAACCAGUUUGUUAUUGGUCUGGCACUAUGCUCCUUAGGAAAGUAAGGACAAUUUUUUUUUAUCUUGUUGUUAUAUAGGAUAAUGCAUGUGUUGUGGUUCAGUUUUAUCCUUGGUUUAAUUUUUAUUUUCUUUUGUUUUUGGGUAUAGUAGUGUAUGAUAAUGAGUUUAAUACAAAAGAAAAUAAAAAUUAAACCGAGGGUAAAAUUGAACCACAACACAUGCAUCUCCAGAGAAGUCUUGUUACAAUUCAAAAUCUUGAGUAUCGCGAAACCUAAAUGAUUAAUUUUUAUUUCUGUUGUACUUCUUUUUUUGGCAGCAUAUGUUCUCAGGAAAUGAGUCGUGAUUUAGCUGGUGAAGUGGAGAAACUGCUGAAGUCGUCAAAUUCUUACCUACGAAAAAAGGUGAUGACUUUUAUAUUGAGCCAAAGUACAAGUAUUUUCUGCUGGCAUUAAAUGAAGCAGAGUCUCCCUUAAUUUUCCCACCUAAGGUUAAAAAUAAUGUUUUGGUACAAGUCCUCCUCGGGGGGACCAGUGACAAAUUGUGCUUACUUUGUAAUUAUAUAAUAAUAUAUUGUCUACAUUUAGUAACAGUGAUUUGUCUUUGCUGGUAAUAAUAAUCAUGUGAACCUGGGAAAAUUGAUUGUGUGUGAAGAUUUAAUGGCUGUUUGUUAAUUUUACAUUUUGGUAUUAUUUUUCAGGCUGCACUUUGUGCGGUAAGAAUUGUUCGAAAAGUACCUGAACUUAUGGAAGUGUUUAUCCCUACAACAAGAUCUCUUCUCAAUGAACGAAACCAUGGUUAGUCUGAGUUGAUUGGUUUGUUUAUGCUGAUUGCAAUUAGAGGUUGUUGUUUUUAAUUUGCUUUGGUAUGGUACCAUAAUAUGGUAAACUUGUACACCCUUCAGAUGUUAUUUUCCUUUCUUUUGUCAGGUGUGUUAGUUUGUGGCGUUUCAUUGGUUACUGAGAUGUGUCGUGUGAAUCCAGAAACACUGACACACUUUCGAAGGGUAUGUUGGGAAUUGUUUUCCUCUCUUAAUUUUAAGCACACCUUCAUGUACAUGUACAGUAUGUAAUCUGGUAUGUUCAUCUUUAAUUGUUUUUUUUUCUACAUGCAUGUGUAUUUCACAAUUAUACUGUUGAGAUUCUCUUUGGCAAAUUUCAAAGAUUUGAAACAUUUCUUCCAUGCAAUCAGAAUUGACAAGUCAUGACAAUCUGCUAUUCAAAAUGUUGCUUGACUCACUGUUCUGUUAGUUUGUGGAGUGGAGAGUUGAUUUGACAGUUGACAGUUACACUUUGAGCCCUUGUUUGUUUGUUUAUUUUCAUAUGAACCAAAUACUUUUAGAGUAACCAGUUUAAGAUGAUAAAAACAAAAUUUGUAAAUUUCUCUUUCCCUGUAACAUGGCUACUCAGUUUCUGACAGUAAGUUGACCAGUCAGGAAACAAACAAUUAUGAUGAUAAAAAAAGUAGAACUAGCAUCAAGCAUCAUUAAAGUUAUGACCGUACUUUAGCUAUUGGUAUUUAUUGUCUUUCAUUCGAAUGGUUUAUUGGAUCACAGCAUGUACCAAUAUUAGUAAAGACACUGAAGAACCUUGUGAUGUCAGGCUAUUCUCCUGAACAUGACGUAUCAGGGAUCAGUGAUCCAUUCAUCCAGGUAAAUGGAAACAAAAGAAGAUUAUUCUAACAGUAUGUUGUAUAAAAUUGGUCUUUCACAACCAAACUUGUUCACCCAAAUUUUACGUGGGUCAGAUUACAAGAGAAUGCUUUUUCUAUUCUCAUGAUGUAUUUGUGCUUUGGCAAUUGGAUCUAAGCACUAAGGGUGAACUUUCUUGUACUCCCAGCCAAUGGUGUGGGUCUCAGUCUAUAGUUGUAAGGUAUCAGUUCUUUUAUGUUUGUUAGUUUGUUCCUGUUACUGUUGUUAAUUUUUAUUCCUGUUCCAUUUUCAAAAAAUAUUCUGCUUAAAAAAAAUUUGGGACAAUAAUAAAUUAUUGUACCUGUCUUUCUGAGAAACCAGUAUUUCAAAUAUAUUUUUCGUUCCAUCUAUUCACAUUUACAUGUACAUUUCAUGCCAUUUUUAAGUUGUAUUUCAUUUUUUUCAUUCUUUUAGGUUAAAAUACUGAGACUUCUAAGAAUGCUUGGUAAAGAUGAGGAGUCAGUCAGUGACCAGAUGAAUGAUGUUCUUGCUCAGGUGAGUGAUUAAUGUUUAAUUUCCCCUUACUCUCUGCAACAAUUCCCUGAUGAAAAAAGAUUUCAUCACCAGCAGCAAUCAUUAUUCUGGUACAAAGAAUGAUUUUAUCCAGUCACUUCCAGCUGCAACCAUCAGAAGUUCCUGUACAUGUAGUAGCCAUGGAACAUUUCAAGUGGGAGCAAUUCUCUUAUUUUAUGCCAUGCCUUAGUGAAUACAGCCCAUCAGAAAGCUAGAAACCCUUUGCAUUUUCUAUGGUAUGCAAGUAUGUAGUAUGUCACAGAAAAUCAUGGUGAUGCUCCUGGCCUUUACAUUUUCCCACCGAAAUCAAUGCAGAUAUUGACAGCUGAAACUUUUCAUCAAAAAUUACCAAAAGUAACUUUAAAGAGCACUGUAAAACCCAGCACAAGGCACUUGUGUGAUAUUCAACGGUAUACCACUUGAAAGCAUUGCAUAACAAGUUUGGCUAAUCUUCACCAUAAGAGAUCGUCUCUCCAUCUUGUUUUUGGACAACCCUGUUUUCUGGUCCAAUCUUUUGGGGUCCACUCUGUUGCUAGUAGUUUAUGCAAUAGUAAAAUAGUUUAGUAAAAUAGUUACUAGUUUAUGCAACUAUUAUAUUUAUGUAGUAAUAAAUAACAACAAUAAUAAUGACAUUAUUAUUUUUUGUUUUUUUUGUUCAGGUCGCAACAAACACAGAAACCAGCAAAAAUGUAGGCAAUGCCAUCUUGUAUGAGACGGUUCUCACCAUAAUGGACACCAAAUCUGAGAGUGGCCUCAGAGUAUGUACAUUUUUUGUUUUCAGCAGUUUAGUUGGUACAUCAUACUCUGUCUGUUUUAUGAUGAUGUAAGAAUAAUUAUAACUGUACAUGUAUGGUCAAACUGGUCCCAGUAUUAAGCAGUCACUGUUAUGGAGUAGCUGUCAGUGUGACCUUUAAAACAGGUUUUGAAAAUUUGCUUGUAUUUAAAAUUUCAAGCAACAAAUGGAUGGAUGGAGACAAAAUUAAUUAAUCUCAAAGGGAUUUCUGUCCUUGUGUUAAAAGAAAAUAAAUUGUCAGCCAUUGCUGCCACAAAGACAGACAUGCAUUUAGUACAACAUUGCCUUGAUACAUGUAUAUCCUUGAAUACAAUACAUGUAUGUCUAAAGAGAGGUAGAGAUGAAGACAAAAAGAGAUAGCUCAGCUGGAAUUAGGAAAUAGUGACUGUCAUCACUUAAUAAAGGGCAUUUUUAAAGGGUGACUGCUUGAUCCAAGUUUGACUGUAGGUGAGCAAAACUUUCAAGGGUCAAUUUCUUGUUUCUCUUUCAGGUUUUAGCAAUCAACAUUUUAGGACGCUUUCUUUUAAACAAUGACAAAAAUAUAAGGUGAGGGAUGCUUUCCUUUUUUAUAAAGUCAAUGUCAUUAUUUCCAGUCACAUUUUAACUAGCGGUUGAUACUUCAGUGGACAGUGAUUGUGGUGAAGUCACUGAGAAGGAAAUAAAAGAAAUAAAGCCCAAAGUAGAUAAUCGAUAAAAAUCAGUGUGGAUUUAUUAAUAGAUUAAUUGAUAAAAAAUGAUAAAUCUGAUUCUGACUUGGAGGCAUCCUGUUGGCUUCGGCCCCUGCACAUUAUAGAGUCACUCCUGUUGUGAGGACAGGCCACAGUGUUCCCUUGAUAAAGAGCAUUUUCUCUGCUUCUGGUUUUCUGUAACAACAGGGUUUUACGGGAGAGGGUUAUCAGCCCUCCGCCCAACCCCCAACCUGAAGGACCAGGGGACCACACUUAGUCUGGUCUCUAUCCUUUGACCUGUUCGGCAUAGGUGGCCCUACCAGGAGUCAAAGACCCCAGCUGACAUACGCUGUAGCUCUAUGGGUCAUUGAGACACACAAACCACUCCACCACAGUAAGGUGGUGGUCCCUUUGGAGUGGACAUCUGGGAGCAAUCAAUAGACAAAAAUUGGUAUACCGGUAGAUAAAAAUCAUCAGCAAUCAAGUGAUUUUUAUUGAUUGAUAACGGAAAACAGUGAAAAUCUGUCUAGGAAGUCCUUUGACCUGAAUUUCAGACAUCCUAUCGACUUGAAGGGAAAUCUCUAGGAAAUCUUUAUCUAAAGUUGUAUCUCUUGAGAUUUUUGCCUGCAAUAACCGAAUGUAAUUUAAACUGAACCAUUUUUGUUAUUAUGUACAAAAUAAAGGGUUUCAGACAGAAACGCGUGUGUGUAAUAGUCCUUAGACUUCUGUUACAAAAAUUGGUAAAUUCAUGAAAAAUCAAUUAUAUUGAUUUGACACAGCAAUUGAAUUUUUUGAUUUUCACCGAUUUUCAUUAUCAUUCGUAAAAAUCACUUGAUUGCUACUGAUUUCUAUCGAUACCGAUUUUUAUCAAUUGACUACUCUGGGAAUAAAGGAAAUUGUUGACUUUAUUCAUAAUAAUUAUAAUUAGGGCUAGGAGGCAGUGAAAGUUGAGAAUCAAACUGGGCUAAAAAAAACUUUUUAACCUGAACUUCAUUUUGAAUUUAAACAUUCAUUUUUUUAAAUAAAUUUUUCUUCAGAUAUGUUGCAUUAAACACGCUUUUAAAGACUGUUCAUGCUGAUUACAAUGCAGUUCAGAGACAUCGGACGACCAUUUUAGAUUGCCUAAAGGACCCAGAUAUUUCUAUAAGAAGGUGAUGUGUCAAAUAUGUGAUAUGCAUGUAGUAUUACAAUUUUGAUACUAGAAUAUUAUUAUUCCACAAAGAAGGAACUAUGCAGGGUAAUUAAGAAAUACCGUAAACAGCGCGGUAUAAGCUGCACUCGCACAUAAGGAGCAUCCCGAGUUUAGCAACUCAAAUUAAUUUUGGGAAAAAGGUUCUUCCUGAAAAAACUCAAAAGAGAUCCAAAGUCGAGUCUAAGAAGUCUUCUGUCUUCAUCCAAGGUAAACUCACCAACAGUGAAAGGUUUUGUUUCGUGUUUUGUUUUGUGGACUGUUUGAAGCUUAGGAACCAGGCAUUGCAUUGCGUAGCAACAGAAUGCGCUUUGCUCACGUUGGGACUAGGGCGAGAAUGGUAAAUGUGGGUUUGUUUAUUCAGAAGCAAAACAAGAUGGAGAUAUUUCAGUUUGUUUCUGCUGUUUGUGGCUAUCAUAUCUACAAAGACAUUUGGGAGCCAUCUGUUGAUGAAAAACGUAUUGCACAUAGAGAGUUUGGUAAUCAGUUCAACAAAUUUGCUAUCAAAGUGUUCAACGGCGAAGAAAAAGUGGGCCAUCUACCACACGAAUACUCGAGAAUAGCGUGGUAUUUUCUCGCUCGUGGAGGAUCAAUUACCCUUGAAGUAACAGGUCGUUGUCGCCACUGUAAACAACUUUGUGGGGUAAUGGAAAUUCCAUGCUGUGACACGUUCUUCUGUUCAAGAAAAGCGACCAUAAACUGUUUAAGAGAUCUGUUAACGAAGAAGGUUGAACGACAAGAAAUGUAAGCUUGAAAUAAGCUAAUACUUAUCACCAAUGGCUCUUUUAGGAGCCACCAAACUUGCAAAAGCAAUGACCAAUACUCUCUUGUUGUUGUAAUGUAGUAUUUAUUCCAGUAUUGUUCCAUAAAAAUGUCCAUUAACGGAAAUUCACAGUACCUUUUCCAAAGGGUCUUGCAGAUAUGCCGCACUUACGAUUUUGAACGAAAAUUUUUGGAGACAAUUGUGGCUUAUACGCCGGUGUUUACGGUUAAGAAAGCAACACAGCUUGUAUGACUGUAUGUGAAGAAGGGUUAUACGGAUCAAUUGAGGUUUCUAGGAAACUGCCCACCUACCCCUUCCUUAAGUCAACGUUUUGCCCUAAGUGAGAAGUUAGUGUUAAUGUUGGCUCAAGGGAGGGGUAGAUGGACAGUCUCCCAGAAAUCUAAAUUUAUCCGGUUAUAACCUCUGUUUUUAUGACCAUUAAUUCAUUUUUUUGAGUUUUCCCUUCACCAUUAAUUUUUUUAGACUUGUAGCCUUUUUCACACACUGUAGAACUACAAGUAUGAAAAGUGAUCAGUUGUUUUGGACAUAUUAGUUUACAUGUUGGAAAGAAAGGUUUCAAUUUCAUUCCAUUUGAAAGAGAUGUUAAAAGUUAUUAACGGUAUAAUAAAGUUUGUUGUUUUUUUCAGGAGGGCUAUGGAGUUGUCUUUUGCUCUUAUAAACUCCAGCAAUGUUCGUGGUAUGAUGAAGGAGCUACUGGCUUUCCUUGUCAAAGCUGAUGUCGAGUUCAAGGCCUACGUCACAUCAGAAAUCUUUUUGGCUGCAGAAAAGUAUGUUUCAUUCUCUUUGUUGCUCUCUUACCUAUAAUUCCCUUUGUACUACUUAUCCAAAGCUAUAUAAUUAUUGGGUUUAAUAGCAAGAUGAAUAUUUUCCUAUGGGCCUACUACUUAGUGUGAAAGAUAUGUAGGAUGUAUGUACUAUGUUGUAAGGUUUCCAUGUUAGCAAAAAUUGAUGGCCAGUUACUGUUUUCUUGAAGACUCGCCACAAAGUAAAAAUUUAAUUGUUUGUGCUACUGGUUUUGUCAGGCGAUGAGGCUGAUAUAUUGAGCAGGACUAAUAAAAUUUAUUGUAACACUAUGUUGUACUGUUUGUAGGCAUGCUCCAAACAAGAGGUGGCAUAUUGAUACUAUGAUGAAAGUACUCACAUCUGUAAGUGGUGCCAGAAUGUAUUGCUCCUUAUAAAAAUAAUAUGGAGCUUAAGUAACGACGAUGGGGAUGGCAACAGCAAUGACAACGAUAACAGCAAAAAAGCAAUAGGCUUAGAUUGGCAAAAUAACAACUUUGCACGUGCCACGCUUUUUUCUACAUUUUUUGCCGUCACUACCCGACUACAACGUGAAUAUGCCUAAUUUCACAUUUUGUGGAAGACGUGAACACAAGACACUGACAGCGACUUCCUUCUUUUCCCCCGAACUUCGAUACAGUCUCUUAGAAUUCAAUUCCAGAACAAAUUGCCAGCAUUUGACAAAUUGAGCAAGAUGGAAUAAGCGCCAUGAAGUUUGAAGCAGUGUAACUUCACUUUUCAAGUGACGUUUAUGUAGCCGUUGCUGUCGUUGUUGCUUAAGCUCCCUAAUGUGUAGUGUAAUGCUGUAAACUUUGGCUUAGAAAGCUCUCCCCGUUAUAGGCCCAUCUACUUGGUUAGAAGCCCAUCCCCUGGAUUUAUAAGCCUCCCUGUAGCUUGUAUUAAAAUGAAUUCAUUUUUGCGUUCGACGUUUGGAGAACGCAACACAUAAUCUUGCGAUUCCUGUGGUGCUCAGUUCGGAUUCCUGUGGUACUAGGGGGUGACCUUUUGUGGUACUCAUUUCGUCGUACGUCUGCAUUUUCUGCGCUAUCUUGAAUAAUUUAUCUCAUGGGCGGGCACAAUAGUGUUAAAUACAAUUAAUUUGACGUACAGUCGUAGCAACGGUUGUGUGGCGCAAUGGAUAAUGCGCUGCACCGACACGUUGAAGGUUUCAGGUUCGAUUCCUGCAGGGUGAGACCUUUUUCUUUUUUUCGUAGUCGUUUUGUUUUGUUUUGAGGAAGCGUUUUGCAGCAUCAGUUUAUUAGGAAAUAACGUUACAUUUGUCAGUAAACCUAAAAAGGCUCGAACGCACUUCCUAGAAGUUGUCAUUGAGAGGGGAAGUGCUGCCGUUCGUUGCGAUGCGAAUAGGACAAAGACAGUUUGUAGAACAGUUGAACAUAUGAAUUCUUUUUUAUUGAAGUCAAUAACUUAGACUUGUUGGCAUUAUGAAACACUCAGAGCGUAAUAUAAAAAAUGAACCGAUCACGAUGACAAAUAUGCUUACAUUCAUAUAACUCGCUAAGGUUUCAAUACCAUUUUGUAAUUCAUUUUAAUAAUUCACUAAAUUCUAAAACAACAGCAGUGCUGAUAGGCUGUUUGUUCACCGAACAAUCAUCGUACACAGGAUGAGAUGAGUUGCGAACAAAUAACGUAAAGGCCAAAACUUGUUUAUUCACAGGUCAGGUAGAUGUACAGCACAUGCCGUUCACUUAUGUAACUUACAAUCCUGAUUCCCGAGAUAACAAUCUGUGUGACAAAAGAAUACUCGCUAUAACUAAUCUUGAAACCUGAAUAAAAAUAUAAAUCGAACAAAUGAUCCAUACAAUACUUCUUGAACUGUUCUUACCGUUUAGGCCGUUUAUAAAGACAGCAAGCAUUCGAUAAACUACGAUUUCUGCACAGAUCUUACAUGAGAGCAAAACAAAAUGGUGGGUUGCUCCUGAGAGAAAAACAGGCGCGGUAGCUAAGCACUUGCUUAAGCAAACCACUGACUGCACAGCGCUGCAGUCACAGAUUGAUUGAACAUCGAACCAUGGAACCAUUGAUCAAAAAAUCUCAAAUCGCUCAAGAAUAUGGUCUGCUGCCGGCUGAUGCCCGGCAGCAAAAAGUUAGUGAAAAGUGAAACAAAGUGAAAAGUGUCUUGAUCAGCACUACUAUGUUGCUUGUUUUAAACCAUUUUUUAAUCCAGUGAUAAUCUCUCCUGGCUAUAAGCCCCUUCUUUAUAAGCCUUUCUAAAACUCGUUACAAAGUUAUAGAAGCCUAAGGCUUAUAAACGGAAGUUUACGGUAUGCUUUUUAUAUAAUAACAUGCAUUUCAUAAUAACUGAGAGCUUUUUCGCACGCUGAUCGGUCGAGAACUAUUGUCGAUAAGAAUACAGGCCAUGGAAAAGGACUUGAUGGUGGAGCAAUUUGUUUUUCUUCAAAUAAUUAAUUUUUUUUUUCUCAUUCCGCCCAAUGAUUUAUCGUUCAACACACUGCUCUUUUUGUUCUGAGAAAAGAAUGAUUAAUAAACAUUCUGCAAUAUGAGGGCAAAAGAAUGUAGAAUUUUGUUGUAUUGAUUUUGACACCAAUGCGACAAUUUUUGAUGGUUAUUGUAUGUUGUAUUGUUAUACUUUAGGCAGGAAGUUUUGUACGCGAUGAUGCAGUUCCCAGCCUUGUUUACUUGGUGUCGACGUCGAGUGAACUGCAAGGUUAUGCUGUGCAGAGUUUGUACAAAGCGAUGCAAAAUGACAUCAGCCAGGUAUUCCUCUGUCCUAUUCAAAAUUUUUUUCAAUAAUAUUAAUAAGAAAUAAUACAAAUUAUUUUUAUGCAUUUUUAAAAACAGUUCUUUUUUGUGAGUUAGGGAUAAGCAGCUCUUUAAGUGUAAAAUUGACUGCUUAAUGUUUUGCCUUUCUUUUUACCUUAUUUUUCAUAUACUUUUGAAUACUUUUAAUUUUUUAGAUACUAAAGUAUGUUUACCUACACUGUAUCUUUUCUUUGUGACGUUCAGUACUGUUGUGGUCUUUUGGGGAUUGCUCAGAAAUAUAUAUUACCUGAUACAAAAUGUGGUAGUAAUCAAAAAUUAAUGUAAAGCGUUUAGGUAAUACAUGUUAUUGUGUUUUACAACUAUUAAUGUAGAAUGUAAUAUCUUGCCUCACCUUAAAAUAUACAACUAGUAAAUCCUGACUAACGAAGUAAAUAAUUUUAACACAACAAUUUGACAAUUUGUGGCGUAACAGACACCUCCAGAUUAUAACGACUUACGCGCUCUGUUCCCAGUUAUCCUGGGAUAAGUACUGACCAGGUUUUUAACAACUCAGCCUUGGUGUCUGAAUUAUGCAGUUUUGACGUGAACACUUUUGUAUUCUGAGUCAUUGUGUAUACAAAGAUAGAUCUUUAAUCAAAGAUAUAACAUGCAAGCUUGCUAGCAGGCUCUCUUUUUUUUUCUCCCCCAACUCUAGAGCUCCUUGGAGUGCUUGGUCAAAGUCUAAGCAUAAUAUUGUUUAUUGAGACUGAUUAUUUAGUGUGUUACUACUACGUGCCUUGUGAUUUUUUAGCAACCUUUAGUGCAAGUGGGAUCUUGGUGCUGUGGUGAAUAUGGUGAUCAGCUCUUUGUAGAUAUUGAAGAAGAUGAAUCUCUCAAUGUAAGUUCUGACACAAAAAUCUGUUGUGUUGAGAGACCACUUGAAAAAAAUGUUGCAUCACAUCAUUAUUGAGUUAAAAAAAAAUGAUCCCUUACUUAAUCUCAUCGACAGGCUAUUGGUAAGCAUGAGAAGUUUCUUGUAUAAAAAAGUAAACCAUAGUAUUAUUUAUUAAGGAGACCACCAGAAACAAUUGUUAGUUCCACAUUAAGUUGUAUUGGUUUAAUCAGACUUUUGCUCAGACAAUUAUUGUUUAAAAAUAAUAUUACAAAAAAUGCAGAAAAGUAAGAGUUUCUGACAGAACAUGCAAAUAAAGAAUUGUGGUUUGACCAACAGAAUGACAUACCAUUAGGUGGUUGCAGUGAAUGAGUUUAGCAGUGAAGUGAUUCAUUUCUUGUGCGGUGAUUGGUCAAGAGCUAUGGUCGAUAAGAGUAUAGACCAUGAAAAUGACGUGAUGGUAGCGCAGUUAUUUUGUUUUUCUCAUUUUCCAUGGCCUAUACUUUUUACCGAGCGUCCAGUGAAACCACUCUCCUGCGGCUCGUGGCUCUACUUGAGUUUUAAACGUUUUGACGUCAUUUCUCUGGGUGCUUUGAGUAUAGUAUGGAAAAUUGUUGUCAAUCUGUUGGUAAUGAAAGAGAAACCCUUUUUAGCCACUUUUCCAGGUUCUUUCUUGUUACGUAUUAAGUUCCCUCUUUUCUCAGUGUGAAUUUUACUUACUACCACCUUGCUUUGUAGAUUACAGAGAGUGAUGUCUUGGAUGUUCUAGAGAGCAUUCUCUACAGUUCACAUUCUACUGCCACUACAUUCUCUACAGUUCAAAGGUUACGGGGUGGGUGAGAGCAUCAGCGAUCUAAGGUCAAAACUCUAUUGCUCCAACGCUCUGCUUUGCUUAAGUUGCACGGGAGAGAAGGUCAAAACGCGCGUGAUCACAACCAAAGAUUAUGCAUUAACAAACAAUUAGGCUGUUAGUGAAACGACGGCUCAAAAAGCGUACACGUGCAAAGUUGUUGUUUUCCAUUCAGGAUGUAAGACUACCAUUAAUCUACUUAAAACUAGUAACCAAAGGUUACGGUGUGGAUGAAGGUUAUGAGGGGGUUGCAAGGUAAAGCAUCACGUCCGUUUUGAUUAGACUGCGAUCUAAGGUCAAAACUCUCUCUCAAAAUACCCGCAGGCCAGUGAAAACAAAAAAGAGAGGCUCGUAGUCGCCGAGAAAAAAACCCAAUGCGGAAAAGAACGACUCAAAAAUUGAAAUAGCGUUCUCCUUGGCGUUGAACGUAAAAUCAUAUGGCAUCCAGAAACAUCUGUGAACGAAAAUUUGAGGUCCAUCUGUCUUUGCCGCUGUCUUAAACUUCGUUCUAAGUUAGACUUCCUAUAUUUUUUAGUAGCUAACCUUUGUUAACUGACCACUUGCCUCUUGUCUGAGGUUGGAAGCUUAUUAGAGGUCUGAUUGGAACUUAAUACCUAACUGCUUGUGUACUACAGUGUACAUUUGAUCCUGCCAGUGGCUGUCUAUGUACAUCAUGUAUUACUGCACCCUUUUACACGACACUGGACUUUCCAUGAUAAGUUCUGUCAGCAGCUUAUUACUAGAGCAUCCUAUUUGCAGCUUAAUAACGUAACACUUUAGAUAUAGUGGAAGAAGUUGUUUUCUUUCAUCAUUUUCAGACGGAUUAGGAAUAUAAUUAAUCAAUUUGAAGUCAACAUGGAUGCAGAAUUACAGCAAAGAGGAGUUGAAUUUGGAGCUCUCUUUAAGAAGCAUGACAGUAUGAGGUAUGUGGCCUUUUUAUGUUAGUGCAAAUUGUAAUGUAUGUCAGUGAAACAAAGUACGGAAUUUGGUUAGUAGCUUUCAGUGCAGUUCUUUUUUUCUUAACCUUGUAAAAUUUCCAGUCGUAAUCUUGCUACGUGACCAUUUAAAUUGUCUGAUUUGGUGAUGUAAAGCAAACACUGAAGAAUUUAAACUAUCUAAACUGUUAGGGGAUCUUUCAUCCUAAAAUGAAUCGGUAAAUAUCUUACAGUUUGCAAGCUCUGACCAACCGCUAACGGUCUCUGGUACCCCGUGGGGUCCCUCAGGGAGUAUCCUCAAAGAACUGCUUCUGUCUCUAGGGUUUGCAGAAGAUCCUGUUAUCAAUAGAACGCAACCUAAAUCACAAUCUACACUUAGAUCUACCAAAACUAAAUCUAUGCUUGUUUCAUCAGAAUGUAGCACUUACGGAAGAAUUUAAACUAUCUAAACUGUUAUCAGGAGACCAUGUUACACCUAUUCCACUUCACAGUGGACACUAAAAUGAAUGUUGUUACAAAUCCUGAAGUUAUGUCCCUCCUUUGUAUCUGUGCUCAGUGUAUCAGGACAGUCCCUCAGCCCCGCAAACUCUCGUAAUGUUCUCCUUUACAGCUGCCUCCUGGGAAAAAGAACUGGUCUCUGAUUUCUUUCUCUGCUUUUUUAAGCGCAAGCUACGUGAACUUUUCAUUCAGGACUGGUCGCUUUUACGAGAAGGAACUAUGUUAAUUAAACUUUUAUAUUGCUUUUAAAUGUUACAUUCAAUUAAUUAUUGUAUGUAAGUAUAUAUUUCGACCGCAUGGGUUAAUAAAUCUACCCUCUCAAAAUAAAGAACAUUGUAUUGUAUUGUAUUGUAUUGGGAAAAAGUGGUCGUAACUAGAACUGGUCGCUUACGAGAAGGAGCUUUGGUAAGCGACCGCAUAGUAAAACAAUAGAGGGAGGUCUCAUACGAGAGCCUCAGAAACGCAUUAAUAAUUCACCCCCCCAAAAGAAAAGAAAAUUAAUAAACGCUACGUCCAAUUUUUUAGACCAAAAUAAGCCCAAAUCUAAAUAUCAGUGCAAGAUUGCGUUGAUCUACAUCAGAAGAUUUUGAUGCCGUACAAUAAACUCACAGUUCCUGUUUUAUCGGGAGAGAGAUUAAAAACAAAGGAAAAGUCCAGUUGGGUAAUCCCAAAAGUGGUCAUGGUCCCUUGUGGGAUUAGCCUGUUCCAGGCUCCGAGAAAGUCGAGUCCACUCGCUUACCUUUCACUUUCGCGUCUUCCCCACUAUCUGAGAACCUGGGACAGGCUCUUAAGGGAGCGGUCGAUUACUAAAGCUUUUCAGUACAAAGUUUAAGUCACAGUUCAAACGGGGUUUCAGAAAGGUGGUCGCAACUAGAGCUGGUCGCUUACGAGAGUGGUCACAGGGAGAGCUUCGACUGUUGUUUAACGUGUCUUUGCUCAUUGUGACUAAGGAUGAUGGUAACUAAGAGCGCUUACAUAAGCAGGAAGUGGAAGAGAAAUCCACUAUUAAUUAGUUAGGAUUGUCCAGCCUUAUCAGUCUAUUCUCACAUAAGACGCAAAGCGUGUGGAGGAAUUAAGCAAACAUGCUCGAAAAAAAAGCUUUUUUGAUCAUCAAAAUGAUCGGUUUGGCUUGCCAGUUCUUUUUUGCUGAGCGCCUAAGGAAUUUUUCCCUCCCUGUUCAUUUUUGCUUUACACCCAGAUCCUGUACUUGCACAGCUAGAUUGAAGGCUGAUGUUAAAAAGUAACAUGUUAGUUGAUUGAUCUACAGGCCUGCUCUGUUGGAGAGGAUGCCAGUGUUUGAAUCAAAGACCACUGAGCCAAUUACAAAUGGAGAAGUGCCUUCACAACCCGAGACUGAAACAGUAAAACAAGAAGGUACGUGGUAAAAAAAAAAAACUUAGUUCGACAUCAGUUUCGAAGUAUCAAAAUUUAUACUUGGGUCCGAAGACAAAACCUAUUGCAGUUACUUCAUGAAAUUAAAAUUCGCGUUGAUUUAAGUAGCGCCAUUAAUUAAGUGGAGCGUUAAUAGAGUUCUAAAGUGUGACGUCUUGAAAAUUAAAUUCGUGAAAUUAUGGGAUUUGUCGGGAUAUUCUGAAAGAACAACAUAUUGCCCCGAAAUGCUAAUUUUUCAAGUAGGCCUCUUGGACGAUGUUCUUUCAGAACAUCCUGACAGAUCCCAUAAUUUCACAAAUUUACUUUUUUAUGACGUCAUCACUUUAGAACUCUAUUGCCGCUACCUUAAUUUUCAUUAUUUUGGCUCCAAAUUCUCGAUACACUUUUGACAUUCUUGACACUUAAGAAAAAGGAGUAUUUUAUCAGGGUGGAGAUUAUUGUGCAAAGACUAUGAUGUAAUUAAGUUGACAGCGAUGAUAUACCUGUGCGAUGAGAUAUUAUCUAUCGCAAUACGAACAUUGAUAGUUAAAGAUACAGUCAACUGUCUCUAAGACGGACAUCUUUGGGACCGGCACUAAGUGUCCGUCUUAGAGAGAUGUCCGUCUUAUAAUGAGUCAAAUAAAGGGAAUAAGCAAAGGCAGGGACCAACUCUAAGUGUCCGUUUUACAGAGGUGUCCGUUAAGAGAGAGUCGACUGUAUUGCGACAUUGUGAAACAGUAAAAUACAUGUACUUGCAGUUAAUGUUUGUUCCAGCUUGGGGGAAUUGUUACAUACUAUAUUGUUGGAAUUAUGGUCAGUGUGUUGGAUUACACAGCAUAUUGUGGCAAACUGUAUCAUUGCAGCCCUACUCCUUUUUCUAUGUUAUGAUUGCCGAUGUUGUCGUUAUAGAGUGUUGUAAGAGAGAUUAAAUUUUACUCGCCAUAACUUGGUACUCUUUUAUGGAUUUCGGCUUAUUAUUUCUUUAUUUGCUUUGCAGCUGUAGUUGAAUCAAAACCUGCAAAACAAGCGGUAAGACGUCUGAUGUUAAUAACUGUUACUUAAGUUUGUUGUUGUUCGUUAUUUGUGGCAUAAGAUAUGCAUUAUUGACCUGGUGUCAGGUCGACAUGGCUGGAUAUUUGUCGUAAAAAAGGAGCGAGACAAAUAUUCAGCAAAACUCGGGCAAUAAAGGAUUUACUAUGUGGCCUGAAACAAUAUCGUCUCGUGCGAGACAAAACGAGCGAGAUGAGUCCAUCUUGCCCACUCGGGUAUAGGUAGCCAAUCAGAACACUAGAUUUGCUCCAUCUUGCUCGCUCGGGUAGCCAAUCAGAACUCUAGAUUCGCUUCAUCUUGCCCGCUCGGUUAGCCAAUCAGAACACGGUUUCCAAAAGAUGCGGCCGAUUUACCUAAUGACGUCAUUUUACCAGAUAUCGCAGACGUCUUCCAAGUUUGAAGAAUGAGCCGGGGGGGUUGAGCCAAUCAGAAACGGGCAGUUAUAUUAACUUCGUCUGCGGUGAAUAAUUGUUAAAUAUGAUUUCCUUUGUUUUCCUAUCAAAUCAUAGUCUGACACGCUGUUGGAUCUACUUGGUGGAGGCCCUGCACCUGAACCUACACCCGCCCCAGUCCAACCACCGGCCCCUGCAGCCUCAUCAGGCGGGGAACUUUUAGAUUUACUAGGAGGUCUGGAUCUCGGCUCAACAAAUGCAGGUAUGUCCCUUUUAUAGUAAAAGUGUUUGUUGGCUGUAGUGGUGCAGAUUGGUAAAGAUUGUUUUAGCUUGUUUUGCUUCGAAGCAUUGGCUCCCUAUUUACCAUAUAUCCUCUAUUAACCCCUCUCUCAAGUAAGUGCGCCCUCUCUAAUAAGCCACACCCCUUUUAGGGGAAGAAAUUUUUAAGCUCCCCUUUCCCUAUUCCUUAAAUGAUAGACUGUAUUGAUUAAGACGACUGUAACACGUCAUGUGGAUUGAUUCACGUGCUGGUAGUGCGGAUUUGUUUUUGAUCUUCGGUUUCGUGACUUGACCUCCAACUUCAUGUAACCAGGAUUUGGAGUUCUACUUUGAAUGGCGAAUUGAUACCAUCAUCUUUGCUAAAUUAAAUAAGCCUCCCUCAAAUGUGCUUGAAAUAAAUAAGGCCCGCGGGGGGUGUUUAAUAGAGAUUUACGUUAAACGGGAUUUUAGACCGAAAUGUGAGCAAAUUCACCAGGCCACUUAUAAAAUACCCUUAUAUUCGUUGUGUAGGCUUAUCCUCGCGGGGUGUAAUUAUUCAAGUCUCUUUUGUUAGAACAAAACAAAUGGCAAGUGUGCUUCUGAAUUUAUCAAGCUUCAGCUCUUGAUGAUAGUAUAAACAGGUGGCCAGUGUUUCUAAAUGCACGCGACACAAAUCGUUGUUGGUUCGUAGCUGUUGCGGUGUGGGUAUAGUUGAAUCUUUUGUUUCCUGUUGUGAAAUUAUCAAGCCAUCCGUAUAAACCGAGGAACUACACUUUGAUAGUGUCGUUAACUGUUCAGUUCGAGUGCAAAGUACCUGCCGUUCGUUCCGAGAACGAAAGACAUUGCAUUAAGGCGUACAUGAUGAAUAUUACGGUACUCUUCAAAGUGACUAAUUCUGUUUUACUAUUGUCCAGGCCCUCCUCCAAUGAACAUGAUGGCGCCAUCACCCGCCAUGCCAAACUUGCUAGAUGGAGGAGGACCGCUGAAUCCAUCUCCUGCUGGGCAGCCGGCUCUCCUUCAGAUGAAUCACGAACCCCUCGCCCCUCAGAAUCAGGAUUUCUCUACUGGUUUGUAACACUUUAUCAGUUAUCCUUCAAUACUGCAUUACUGAGUACAUUCUGUACUUGUAACAAGAACUCGGGUUGUUCAUUUUUGUUUAGUGCCUGGGAUAGCUACAGUACUCGUCAAAUUUUUACAGCUGUUUUUAUUUCACCUUUUUAAAAAAAUGCGACGCUCAAUAUCGGGGACAUGGAAAGAAUGCAGAGAGGAAAAAAAAUCUUAUGAUGUAAAAAUUUGAAAGAUUUAGCAAACUUUGACGAGUAUCCUACGAAACUCGGUUUUACAGUACAAGUUCCAGCCUUGUAGGUAUCCAUGCAGCGCAAGAUUGUCUUUCGACUUAUGAUUCGCCUUUCUGGCACUUCUUGCCAUUAGUUUGCCGUGAGAAUACACAGGACAUAAGAUUAAUGUCUUCGCCUGCUUCAUCGAAGCCAAUACAAGGUGUUCAAGCACAGCCAGGAUGAUGAUAACGCUUAUUUGUCUAAGGGGAGCGUAGUCUGCAGUACAGUCAAAACCCGUUAAUGGCUGUUUUUACACUAGACACGGAUUAUCGCGUGAUCGGGUUAUUCGCGUCAGACAGAUAAUACGUGUUAAUUUGAAGAUGUUACGGUGUUAAUUUUAGAUGGACAAUCCGCCUGACUUUAUCCAUGUGUUUGCCAUCACCUUUGACGGAUUUUGAAGAUGUAUUAACUGUCCGCAAUAACAGGUGACCGUAUAGCGGGGUUCCAGUGUAUUGUACUUUGUGGCUCCGAAUUUUGCCCCGUCUUGUUAAGAAGUGUAUUGAGUCAAAAUGUCUUAACUAUGAUUUUAAGUCGGGAAAAGUAAAUUGCAAAACACCCUUGGCUAUAGUAAUUCUUGCAAUCAAUCUAUGAUGCUCUGAACUGAAGCUUGUCUUCUCUCUGGAUAGGUUUCCCUUCCAUUACAGCGUUUGAGAGCAAUGGUUUAAAGAUUGAUUUCGCGUUCGAAAAGGUCCCAGGCAACCCAUCUAAUGUGGUGUCUAUUAUGGUAACAGCUACAAACUCACUCACCUUUCCCAUGACUGACUUCGUAUUUCAAGCUGCUGUUCCCAAGGUAUGGACUUACAGUUAUACUGUUUCCUUGACCAUUUUUUCAAUUGUCAAUUGUUUUUCAAUUUUUCAAAACUCCAAGGGGUGAUCCCUGCACCCCAGGGUAGUUGUCGUAAUAUCUGCUCAAAUCUUUUCAGUCAUCUGUAGCCUCACAUGAAGAUCGUUACCUAACUAGACUCUCCCACUGGCUUGUCACACACCGCUCUUACUUGCCACUUCUAGUGGGUUGAAGUGAUAGGUGAUCUGCCAGUGAGACAAUUAGGGAGACAAAGUAGUCUUAUUCACAAGCCUUAUUGGCUUCUCUGGGCGCCCUUGCCUCACCUUUUUUAAAAUUUUAUAUUUAUACUUUUAAAACAAAACAAAGCAAGUCACCUAAAGAGACCACCGUUCGCAUCACCAAAAGAUCAUCUGUCCCACCUAAAUAUGUCUGCAACAGAAUCAUGCAGGUUAUGACAACUCAUGUCUAGGGUGGAUCUUUGUACUGUAAGAUUAGCAGUUCAAAUGUAUUCUCCGCCAAUUGAACUGAGCUGAUGUUUUGCCACACCCCUCGGCAUCACCCGUUUGAAACUCGAGUCAAUGCCCUGGGGGUUUCCACAGGCUCGACCCUAGAGUAAACUACUGAGUGAUCGCUUCUCUACUAACCCGUAUCACUCUUGUCUAGCGUACUGCUGAUGAUGAAGAACCAACAAGGGUGACUUGAUUCAGACUUGUAGAUAAACAGUGAAAAUGAACUAAGUGUGAUUGAGCACCACAUAUUCACCUUUUUUAUACUGUUUUCUCAUGUUCACAGACAUUCCAGUUACAGCUUCAAAGCCCGUCUGGUAAUGUUAUACCGCCGAAUAACUCUGGAGCUGUUAAUCAAGGACUUAAAGUCGCAAACCCUCAACAGGUACAAUCAUGCUUCUUGCACUUUCACUUUUAAAUUUUGGUUUCCGAACAUUGCCAUCUUCUGCCCUUGUGUAACGUGAUCAGUAGGGGAAUGACAUUGAGGAGUUUUUAUCCUGGUGUUAUUUAUAAGGUUUUUAGGAUAUUAGGAUGUAAUAUAUACAGUGGAACCUCAAUACAGCGAAGGGCCAAGGGACUGGCAAAAUGUGUUCGUUUUCUAUAUUUUACUAUCAGUGGGGUAAGUUUGGUUACAUGACUUCGUUAUAUAGGUUCUUUCCACUGUACAUUUUGAAGGUAUUAAUGGGGGGAAGAAAAUCAUUCGUCAUUUCGAGGACUUCCAAUGAUAUAUAGAACCUUUAUUGGUUCAUUACAUUGAGUUUCCACAGUUUUACCUGAUUCAAAUGAAGGCAUCGUCGUUUUUGUCGUGGAUCAGGGAAUCCUUGUUGUUGUUAAUUUAUAAGGCCAAUCAGGAGUAGAAUCAACGCCCGGUUCUCCAAAUCCUGACCCUGUUUCCUACCAGAAAAUUUAAUUUUCCAUACCCGUCUUCAGAUCAGACCUCUAAAAUCCAUACCCGUUUUCAGACCUGGCCUUUUGGCAGAAAUUAUGUUAUCAUUACUUAGAUUAGACCGCAAACAAAACAAUUCUUCAAAUCCAUUUCGAGUUCGCAUACUUCUAUUUUUUUCUUAGUAAUCUGGAAUUGAAACGAUCAAUACGUUCAUACACUCUGUAGUUCCCUCAAAAACCAUACCCGAUUCCAGACCAAAAUGGGCAAAGUGUAUACGCGUUCUCAGACCAAAACGGCGCCAAAGCCCUACCCGAUGGGGCGGAACAUUCCUAUAUGGCUUAUAUAAGGAAGUACCCCCCAGGUAGGAAGCGGGGCGUGUUAUUUAGGUAUUUCGUGGUUUCUAUUACUCGUUUUAAUUGGAAACAGUCGUUACUGCUCAUUCAUGUAACUUUCUUUCUGUUGGGUUCUUAUUGUUCACUGAAAAUAACAUUCAAGAACUUUUUGGAUCCUGAUAUUGGUGCAGAGCCCCCUGAACUGAACACAUUUGUCUUCUAUUCUGUUUUAGUUCAGCUGGCUCUCGGGCUCUUUAACUCUAUCCGGUGCUAAGGCGUUUUGUAAUUACUUGAUUAUUUUGAGUGAAGUUGUCAGCGGUACUGCAGAGUGUUGUUUACGUUGUCGUGUAUAAGGUUGUUUAACGUGGUUCCCAACGUGACUACUUGAUGAACACAAGUGGGCGUGAGGGUUUUUCUGUUGUUUCUUUGAACUUUCACGUUUUCACUGGUUAUUGGAACACAAUAAUCAAACUCUUGGCUAAAAACUUGUUGUUGAAAUCAGCCUCGUUGGUCGGCUGAUGAAAGUUUGUUUGAUAACACGUGAGAGUUGAAGCACUGCCGGCCACACACAUGUUCAGUUGACAGCAGCCUUCCUGUUGAAUAGAGCCUGUUGAAAAACAGCUGGUAUUUUUGUACCUUUUACAGUCGAGCGCGAAUCAUGAGCCCCAAGGGAAGCGAUCGCCUGUGAAACGUAGAUCUGAAAAUAACAGUCGGCUGUCGGACAAUGUCGACUUAAAUUGGCCCGUGUCUUCAGUCUUAAUUUUGGUAGGUAGUAAAUACCAAAGACUAUAAUUUUGCAAUUGAAUAGAUUCCACGUAUGAAUUGUCAUAACGACGAAAUAACAUUGUUGCAGUGAAUUCACGGCAGUCUACCUGCGAAUCAGUUACCUACCAUGCACAUUUUUCGUUACAGACGCGUAAUGCGUCCUUGAUUGAGUCCGACCACAUUUUUGUUUUGUGCGAUCAAAAUGGUGACUUAGUCGGACGUAUGCCCUUUCAAAAAAGAAAAAAAAAUACCGCCUGUUUUGCAGUGUACUAAAUUUCCACUCAAAUGGUUUAGAACAGAGUGAUGUUGUCUAACGUUACUGUUUACUCUGUUGUGUCCGCGCACAUGUUUCCGACGACGUUUCCAAUAUGCCCUCAAAACUUGCUGGUUUUAAUUUGUUUUCUCUCGUGUAGCGAUAAAUUAUUUCUGUUUCACAAGCCGCUUUUCUGCUCUGUUGCUUAACCUCUUUGUUAAAUAACUUGUUACCGCCCACAGGGCUUUGUCUUCGUAGAGGUGAACGCCUUGUUGUUCUAUUGAUAUCAACACGUUCUCUCUUGUUUCUGUUAUUCAGGAGUUUGUAUGCGGUUUGUUGUGAGCAUUUGUCUGUUGUCUCUUAAUAAAGAGCUUCUCUGCCUACGCAAUUGAACCUUUUGUCUGAAAAUUAUGUUCAAUACUUUAACAGUUCCCAGCCGACGCCAAGUUAAUAAAACCGGUUUCAUUUGGCGUCCAAUUUAACUGGUGCUUUUUUCAAUUCUUUAUUAAAGCAGUCCUUCGACGUAUUGUUAAGGUUGUUUUCUUGUCUUUUUAUGUUAAUACUUUACUUGUUGUAAUGCAUGCCGUUUAUUGUGUUUCUUAUGACUGCUGAAUGCACAGCUCUAAACCAAGUAAAGUGUAAUAAAGAAACCCAGUGUGGGUUUGAGUGAAGGGAACAGUUGAUAAAUAAACGUUUUGUUAACCCUUUCCGCUCUUAGAUGUCAAACAUUUUGCUGUAAGCAGCUUUUCGUUUAUGCCCGCAGGAUUUUAAACCUUCGUUUGGUGACGUCAACGCCAUCCAUUUUCUUUUGAACGCUUCUGCUCAGAGCUUCUCGUACGUGCUUCACAGUUGUAUAACCACUCCACUAAAUCAAUCCAAGAUUAAAAAAAUUUUAAACUCAGUGCAGCAGAAUAAUUUAUAGAACGUCAACGCCAUUCUUUGGUAUGGAACGCUUCUGCUCAGAGCUUUUUUUACAUUUGCACAAGCACGCCCCAGUGCAGCAGAAUAAUUUAUAGAACAACAUAGCCAAAGUAUUUCUUGUAGCUUCUAUUUGUUUCGUUUUUGCAGAAACGAAAAUAAAAUUCGCCUUGAAUUUUAAUUCUAACUGUAAAUAGCGGAGCUGUGAAGGACGUUUGUUUUGUCAAAGUCGCUGUCUACGCGGAUCUUUUGGAAUAUCACCUGAACAAAACUAAAAGCCCUAUAUGAAUCACGUUAUUAUUUUAGGCUUUGUUAUCUUUGAAUUCACCCAAAAACGUCGAAGUUAAAGCCGAGACCGAAUCCUCUCGAUAAUUUUCCUGUCUUCUUACCACUCCCGUCUGACGUCUGUAAAAUAUUAAAUUUGGUUGCUUACACAACUUUCACUUCAAACAUGACAUGGACUGGAUAAGGCUGGAUAAGACUUCAGUAUUAAAUGUUGGCUUCUGUAAAGGCCCAACUAAAGUUACAUGCGGAACUCCCCCGCGCGGAGCACCGCGGGUUAGUAAAACUGGUUAUCUAUCCAUGCCAGAAAUUUUGAUUGUCACGUGACCGUCCGUCAACCUGCCCAUGUAAUCUAUUGUGGGAUACGUGUCAAAGUCAAUUGACAGGAUGACAACUAUCAAAAUGGUUAUCCGCGGCCAUUUUCACGUUAUCGUAGGCCCAGGGUCACCAUCGACAAUUUUUCAUUGCGGGAUCGCGAGCGCAAAGUGGUAUUUUAUUUUGUAGGGGUAUUGAUAGUCUGCUACACAGCCGCUUUUAGUGCCGUCAGGCAACCCUCCUGACGUGACGACACUAAAAACGGCCGUGUAGGAGACUAGGGUAUUAAGGGCUCGGGCGGAAUUUUGUGAUCUUGUCCGGAAGUGCAUGCCGGGGUGCUUGGUGGCUUCCACGAGUUUGUUUUAAUAACAAGUAUUUAACGGAAGCUACCUCUUUGGGCUUGGCCAAAUCUGUAUGUGUAUUAUCAGGAGCUGUUACGUGCGGUUAGACACUCUCUUCCCUUCCCAGACAUUCUCCCUCCCCACCAUAUAAUCGUCUGUAAAUAUUAUACGACUUUGCGAAGCUAUAUCUCGGUUAGUUUUCAACAAAUCACUUUCAAACUUGAUAUGUGAUUUUAUGGCACAGUACUAAUUGAACCCCAAAUAGAAGCCGAAUAGUUUGCGUAUCUCAGCUUCUCUGUGCCUCCGUGCUCUAAAUGUGUUCUGCUUUGUUUCCAUAGCAACCUUUACGAAUGAGAUUAAAAGUGACAUACAAGAUAAACGGCGCAGCCGUGAAUGAACAGGGCGAAGUCAACAGCUUCCCACCUGGACUCUGACGGGACACUAUUUUAUGUAAAAAUUAUAUUUUGUAUGGUAAAUGCUGAUUAAUGUAUACUUCCCAGUCGCAUUCCUGGACGUCUGUAGAUUGUACUAUUGACAGGCACAUUAAAAUAGUAUCUACGGUGAUGUAAAAGUUGCUCGUCGACUCCCAAAUUCUCCUUACGUUUUAAUGAUAGAAUUAUGUAAGCUAGUGCAAUAUGGAAAAUCGUCAGUUGUGCGGCAGGGGAUUUUAUAUUCUCAUUAGAUGUUGUAUGUAAUAAUAAGCUACUCGUAAGGAGAAUUUGUUUGUUGAGGUAAUGGUUUGAAGGUUGAAGAACAAAACAGUUAGCCCACGACAAGAUUAUGCUUCUUUAAUUUAGGAAUAUUCGCCAUGGAUAUAGAAAAGUUAAUUUACUCUUUGGGGUGUGGUAAACCAUUCAUUUCCUGAAUUUUUCCCCUAGCCUUCUGAAGUCCCCGUCGGAUUUUUUUCAUGUAAGUCACGUGAUUCGUGACUGUGUAGGAUGAGCAGACGAUUAAAAAUUCCUAGUUUGAAGUCAGUUUACGCUGCUAAUUACUUUUAAGUUAGAUGUCUGUUAAGAAAGCUAACAAUAAAAUAGAAAUCUUGUCAAAGGAAAAUGAUCCAAUAAGCCGACGAUUUCGAGCAUGAGGAGCAUUAAAGGAAACAAAUCCUUUGGCAUCGAAAUUGAACUGGUACGUUAUAUGACGGACCAAACUGUUUCACUGAUAUAGUGUACAUGUCGUUGUUACUAGCGUGGUGCGUUGUUUUGAAGCUUCAAAAUUCUGUCCAUUAGUCGAGAGGCCUAAGUGAACCUGACGCGCCGAAAAACAGCGCCCAGGAAGCCUGAUCCUUCUAGAGAGCUUUCAAAAACAGAACUGGCGUUAUAUAGUCGAAAAAAAUAACAUAAUUUGUCCCAUGUGGUUUUUAGUGCACAAAUUGACCUGACUUACCAGGUAGCUAAGGAUUUUGUUUAAAACAACAAUUCAAACUUCGUCUUCUCUGUCCGUGAGAUUUUCCAGAUAUUUUGGCAUUAGGUUUGGCGACACGCUAGGAUAGAGGCGAGGUUGUUGGAUUGAAUCCUUAACUCCAUUACAGUAAUAAAAACUUUCCCUUCCCUUGUCUCGUAGAAGGGGAGUUGCGAGGUUGCUUUAACAUGAUGUCUUAAGCUCCUUGGUAGUAGAUAAAACUUUUAUUUUACAAUAAGCUGAUCGCCUCAAUCAUGUCAGAAAUGUAUUUUUGAGGUAGACGGUCAGAGGCGAGGAAAAUACAAUAUCAGCUUUGAUAGAAGCAGUAAAAUAAAUGAAUUCUCAGAGUAGACAACGAAACAAAGACUAUUGUCAUGUUUUUUUUGUAAUGACCACAAGACUUGUCCCAGUUUCCCAUGUCGUGGAUGGACCGUUUUGUUCUGCCCUCAGUAAGAAAGAAGAUAAAAAUGUACCAGUUACUUAAGUUUUUCGUUUUAACAGAAGUUAAUCCUUUCACAGACAGAGUGAAUCACAGAGACUCGUCCGGUGGUUCGUAAUCUGGAGUCUUUUUACAAAAUCCUUUGUGUGACCAUUCAAAUGAAACCUCUUUGAAAGUACUUUCACGUUGGUUUUCAGCAUUUUACACGAUGAAAUUUGGAAAUUUUGUUGAAUUUUGAUUUUGAUCACCUUUGGUAGUGAAAGAGUUAAGUGGUACUUUUCUCGGGUCGUAGAAAAUAGCUGAGUAGGAAAACUUGUUUAUUGUUCAGCGACAUUGAGCGGUCGAACUAGGAGAGUGUUAAAAUACUAUGCUGGUUCAACUAAUCUUAGUUUCCAGGAGCCUCGUAUUCAAAAUUUCGUAUAUUCCAAAAUACUCAUUAAGUAAGAAGAAUCUUUGGGUAUUUUAGGAGCCAUAUUUGUUUCCCUCUGGAGCCUAUUACCAGUGUAGGUCCACUGUUUCAAAAUUUGGCCCUUCUUUCUGCUGUCUUUGUUUUCUCCCAUACUGAAAAUAUUAUGCGGACGCGACAGAGUAGUUUUCACGGCAAAGCUUGGCCUAAAAAUAACCCAAAGUAUAAACGUCAUAAGUGGGAGAUGGAAACUCCAUAGUAAUUGGCUCCUGUUUCCUUUCAAUCUGGAGCGAAGCAGGUUUCAAUCGGAGCAAUGUGCCACCGGCUAAACCCCGAAAAGGUUCUGGGGAUGUUCUGGUGAUGAGCAGUCGCGUGCUGUGAACCUGCUUGAAAUAAGAAUAGAAAUCACAGUUUUUGACUUCCUUGUCGUCGUGAGACUUCACUUCGUGAGACGCUGCAUGAUUGACAUAAAUCGGAGCGGUCGCUGAGUUUUUGGUAAAAGACCAGCGAUCUCUAAGGAUUUAUGGAUACUAAUCUUUCCUGUGCUACAUAGCAUUAAUUUUGUUUACACUACUACUGGUUCUUGCAAAGCAAGAUUCAUUUAGAGAGGAAAGCCUUAAAGGGGCUGUGUCACGGCAGUCCAGUUCAUUUUGUUUAAUUUUGCCAGUUACUCGCCCUCAAUCGCUAUGGAAAUUAAAGUAAGCAAAGAAAUUACAGGUAUAUGACAAAAUCAGAGAUCCGAGACAAACAAAUAUGUCUUCUGAACAUUAUUUUGAAGUUUCAAGCAGCAGGGAUCAACUUUGAAAAACUGUUAGGCUGAACAGUUUUCAAAAACCCUAAUUUCAAUCCGUUUCAAUCUUCUUCAGUUUUGCCCAUCCGUGGCAUCUGUUGUUUCUGUUAUGUUAUUUUAACC